CUAGUACGAAGUACAAACUAUCUCUCAAUUUAUCUCGGAAAGAUCUUCUUAUACGUAUCCCAUAAACCUAAAACAGGACUCCCAAAAAAAUUGGAAAAUGGAUGACAUGAGAAGUAUGGCAGCUCCACCACCAUCAGCAACCGCGAAUGGCACCGGAAUGAUGCAUCGGAAACGAAUGAUGAUGCACAUGACCUUCUAUUGGGGAAAGGAUGCUGAGAUACUUUUCUCCGGCUGGCCGGGAAAAGAUACCGGCAUGUACGUAUUAGCUUUAAUAACCAUGUUCGUAUUUGCAGUGAUGAUCGAGUGGCUUUCUCAUAGUAGAUUAAUCAAAGCAGGCUCUAAUAAUUUGAUUGCUGGUAUUGCACAAACAUUUAUGCAUACAUUCAGGAUUGGUAUUGCUUAUAUGGUGAUGCUCGGCGUCAUGUCGUUUAAUGGAGGUGUGUUUCUUGCUGCUGUGGCUGGACAUGGUUUAGGGUUCUUUAUUUUUGCAAGUAGGGCUUUCAGGAAUACAGAAGUCAAACCACCUUAUGAGAAAAAUUCGGAUCUGCCUCCUAUGAGUUGUUAAAUCAAAUAUUGAUUAAUUAUAUAGUAAUUUAGGAUCUCGUAGUUA